GCUGACCGUGCCGCUUCCCGUCCCUCCUGGCCGCCCGUCCGUGCGGCCGCCCCGGGGCCGAGACCAUGUUCGACAAGACCCGCUUGCCGUUCGUGGCCCUGGACAUGGUCUGCUUGUUCCUGGCUGCCUUGCCCUUGAUUGUUCUAAACUUGGCCAAAAUAAAGCCAUAUCAAAGAGGCUUUUUCUGUAGUGACAACAGCAUCAAGUAUCCGUACCAUGACAGUACCGUCCCAUCCCCUCUCCUCUACGCAGUGGGGUUCACUCUGCCUAUUUUUUCUAUGAUUCUUGGAGAAGCCCUGUCCGUUUACUAUAAUCUCUUGCAUUCAAAUUCCUUUGUCAGGAAUAACUACAUAGCCACUAUUUACAAAGCCAUUGGGACAUUUCUCUUUGGGGCGGCUGCUAGCCAGUCCCUGACAGACAUUGCCAAGUAUUCCAUAGGCAGACUUCGGCCCCACUUCUUAGCUGUCUGUGACCCUGAUUGGACAAAAUUCAACUGUAGUGAUGGCUACAUUGAAAACUUCCCAUGUCGGGGAAAUUCAGUAAUAGUUAGCCAGGGAAGAUUAUCAUUUUAUUCCGGGCAUUCUUCAUUUUCCAUGUACUGCAUGUUGUUCCUCGCACUUUAUCUCCAAGCCAGAAUGAAGGCAGAUUGGGCACGACUUGUGCGCCCCACACUUCAGUUUGCUUUCAUCGCUUUAUCUAUCUACGUGGGGCUUUCUCGUGUUUCUGAUUAUAAACAUCACUGGAGUGAUGUGCUGACUGGACUCAUCCAGGGAGCUGUGGUUGCAAUACUCGUUGUUGUAUUUGUAUCAGAUUUCUUUGAGGAAAGAAACUGUCCAUUUAAGCAAAGAAAAGAAGAGGACUCACACACAACUUUGCAUGAGACGUCAACAAAUGGAAAUCAUUAUGGAAGCAAUCACCAAGCAUAAGGAGCUAAAAUUGCCUGCUUUCUAAAGGAAAAUGAUAACAGCAGGAGAAAAAGAUAAUCAUCAUUUUCUCCUGGUGUACAAAGCCUUUAAGGGACUGCUGCUGCUAUACCUCUCAGACGCCCACUUUACCUGUGUAUAUAGUCACACUUAACACAAUAAUAGCUUUAAAAUUCAUUCAAAAGAUUUCAGACCUUUCACUAAAACACUACCCACCUGUACAUUUUUUUUAUUAAAAUAAUGUGAUAAUGCUUUUAUGUACAAAUGUGUAUGUCAUAUACUUUGCUAGUAUGAUGCUUGUUUUAAAUACAAUACAAAUUAAAAUGUUUAUGAUGAA